AUGUUCAACUACUUUGCAUACCCCCCGCACGGUGCCCACGCAGCCUGGACCAACAUGCCCAUGAUCCAGCACAACCCCUAUCCCCCUGCUCCCCCGCCGCCCCCGCCGCUCCUCCACAAGGUCUGGAUCAUCGACUGCAAGACCUGCGGCACGUUUCUCACCAACCGCGGGAUGAAGGCCGUCCUGCUCCUCCGACCGAACGUCUCGCUUUAUUCGACCGACGCGCUGCCCGUCAACUGCGCCGCGUACACGACGAACCCCGAGGCGCUCAAGCCGCCGCCCUGCCGCCCGCUGCAGGCCCCGCUGUUCCCGCCGCGCACGUGCGAGUGUCUGACGCAGACGCUGUGUUGCACGACGUGCGGCACGCCCGUGGGGUACAUGAUCGUCACUCCCUGCGCACGCUGCACAUCCUCGAUCACCGCCACGAACCGCGCGACGAACGGCCACCGGUUCGUCUUCCACUCGUCCGAGGUCACGCCCUCGGAGCGACACCACGUCCCCGGCGAGCCAGGCGUCAUCCCCGUGGACGCACCCCUGCCGAGCUCCGCCCUGCCGCCCCCGCCUCCGCCUCCGCCUCCGCCCGUGCCCUCGUCCUCGCCCCCACCUGGUAUGUCCCACGGCGCGUAUAGACCGUACGGGUACAGCAGCGCGCGGGGCGAGUCUCCGCCCCCGCUUGAGCCUGCGGAUCCGGCGCGGUACCGUCUCGUGCGUGUGCAGGGCGUGAGUCCGCCGCAGAGUCCGCCGCCGCUGUCGUCAACGACUGCUACGAAUGGAAACGCAGCGACGGGCUCGGGCGCCAUGCGGCGCGGCUCGCUCCAAAGUUCAGGCUCAGGUUCAGGCUCGGGCUCAGGCUCGGACUCGGGCCACCCCACGGCGCAGCAGCCAGAACAACCACGCGGUGUGCCCGGCGAGCAGCGCGACGCGCCGCUGGUGAAGCUCCGCGCGGGCGACGUGUUGUACUGGCACCACCUCGUCAAGACGGGGGAGAUACCCGGUGUGCACGAGGAUAAGCGGGCGCGCCGGCCCGCUCCUGUUGUUGGUGCUGGUGCUGCGAGACGCGCGCCCAUGCACUUUGACCGAUGA